AAAUUAUAUCCUAUCCUGAAUUGCCGGUCCAAAUCACAAACAGCAGUGGUUGUUGGACUGAUGCGUGUCAGAUGACGGCUCGCCGCCAACGUCAUGCUCAACGUGGACCCCUUAAAUGAAACCCGGAUAUUCGUUUGAAAGGCCAAAAAUCGAUUUCCCAAACUACUGAUUGCGUUAUGAUGGCAGUUGGCUGGAGGGAUCAUAAAUGAAUACCGUUGCGGAAUUAGUGGAGCGGUUUUGUUGGAAGUCUAAGACCAGGAGCGUAUGGAGAGAUGAUCCUGAUUUGCUAGACGAAGCGGUGGCCCACAUUCACUCUGAAGCGGCUGUAUUUGAUGCAAUUAUAAGGAGCAAAAAUACCACCGUUCCAACAUUAGAAAAGAUUUCAAAGACUGUCAAGUUUCUGGAACAAAACAACUUCUGGCGUUCAAAUCCCUUUUCGUUGGUGGCUGGAAUAGAUAACGACCCAGCGUUGGUCAAUGCAACCAGUCAAUUGCAAACUAAAAAAAUUCGAGACUUGUGGAACCAGGGUUCUAGCUCCAAACAAACCUCGCGAUCCCUGUUUACCUUCCAUUGCCCUGGGGCGGAGGUACGGUCGGAGAUCGAUGAAUCAGCAGCAGGAUUGAAGCCGCCUAGCUCCAAACAUGAGUCUUCUGUUUCCUGUGGUCUGACUCCUCGAUGCAGUUCUAACGUUCUGACAAAAAGUGAAUUUGGAUGCAUUACUUUGAUUAAUUCGAGGUGUGUGAAUUUCAAUGCUGAACGUUGUGCCAACCCAUGCAUUCUGGCCUAUGAUACAAGUGGGACGUUGAGGACCUAUGCGGAAGCUGCUCGAGGGGCCCCGCGGUUCCCAGCGUAGAGAAAUAUUUAUUUAUUAACUUUUCUCCCAUAUGUUUGACUCGUAAGGUGAGCUGGGAUCGUUUAGUUCUCUGAAAAUUGAGUUAUUCUAAUCUAGCCUGUCAAACAGCUUCAGAUUUGUGUCUUCUAGACAAAGAUGCUGUCCAGUGUUUUUCUCUCAGUCCCAUCUUGAGGUUGAAAUUACAACUUUUUUACCCCGUAAAACCAUGGUAAUAAAUAUGCAUUCGUUUAAGUGAUUUC